AUGUUUGACGAUAAUGAUGAUGAUCCUGUUACUUUAACAGUAAACAAAUCCUAUGCAAAUAAAUACCAGAAUUGGAGAGAAAAAGAAGAAAAACAAAAAUUAAUUGCUCGAUAUGGCAGUGAUAUUGAAGAUAGUUCCGAUGAUGAAUCUGAGGAUGAUAAUGCUGAAGAUUGGACAGAUGAUGUAGAAAAAGAAUUUCUUCGUUGUUAUUCAAUUCUUAAAAAACGUGAUCCAAAAAUCUAUGAUUCGAAUACGCAAUUUUUUAACACGCCGGAAUCAUCAUCAGCAAAUGAUAGUCAUGAAACGAAUAAAAGGAAGAAAGAGAAAAAAAUGACCUUAAAAGAUGCUGAAAUUCAAUAUGCUUUUGCAGAAGCAAUGCAUAAAGAUGAUGAUCAUAAUGAUAAGCAUAUUCAAACAAAUGGUAAGAAAUCGAUCAUCGAAGAACAAGAAGAAAUUAAAAAGAGUAUUAAAAGUAUUCUUCCCGGAACAGAUGACGAUGAUUUAUUUACAAGAAAACUCAAAACCGAUGAAGAAAAAACUAAAGAAGAACAAGAUUAUAUUGAAUGGUUAAAAGGUCAAAAAAAUGAAAUAACUGACUCAUCUAUUAAAUCAGAUCUGAAAUAUUUACAUGACUAUUGGAAUGACCCAUCAUUAUCAGAACGUGAUCGAUUUUUACGUGAUUUUAUUCUAAAUAAAAUGCAUUUACAACAUGCGGACGACGACGAUGAUGAUGAUGAUGAUGAGACAAGAAUUCCAUCCUAUGAUGAAAUUGUCAAUCCGACUGCCGCCGGUGUCGUUGUUGCUGAUGAUGAUGACGACGAUGAAGAAUUUGAAAAAGCUGAAGAAUUCGAACGAAAGUUUAAUUUUCGUUUUCAAGAACCAGAUACUGAAUUUUUAAAACGAUAUCCUCGAACGAUCGAUGAUAGCGUUCGUCGAAAAGACGAUCGACGAAAAUUGAAACGUGCAGAAAAAAAACAACGAAAAGAAUUUGAACGAAAACAAAAGCUUGAAGAAAUAAAACGUUUAAAAAAUUUAAAGAAAAAAGAAAUUUUCGAUAAAAUGAAACGCUUAAAAACUGUUGCCGGUGAUGAAGAUUUGCCAGUUAAUAUUGAUGAUCUCGAUGCAGAUUUUGAUCCCAAAGAAUACGAUCGUCGAAUGCAGCAAAUAUUCAAUGAUGACUACUAUCAAAAAGGUGCUGAAGAAGAAGACGUACCCGAAGUAUCCGAUGAAGAGCUUCAAGUGGAAAAUUGGGAUCAAACAGAGGACAAAGAAAAAGCCGUACCGAAACCUGUGCAAUCAAGUAAUCAAGAAGAACAAGGAACAAAGAACUCGAAGAAAAAAUCCAAAUUAAGUCAAGCUAUUUCUCAAUCAAAACCAAAAUUUGAUCCAAAGGAAAAAUCUUUCGAACAAUAUUUUGAUGAAUACUAUAAGCUUGAUUGUGAAGAUUUUGUUGGUGGCAUGCCAGUCAGAUUUCAAUAUCGACAAGUUGAACCGAAUGAUUUUGGUUUAAGUGUUGAAGAAAUUCUUGCAGCUGACGAUCGAGAACUUAAUUCAUGGUGUUCAUUGAAAAAAACGUCACAAUAUCGAUCGAAAGAUGAAGAACUUCGAGAUUAUCAUGUUUACAAAAAUAAAGCUAAAAACCCAGAGAAGAAAAGAAAAAUAUUAGCAAGUGUUUAUCAAGAGAAAAAUGAUAACGAUGAAAGGAAUAGUAUUAAUUUAUUUGAUAAAAGUGAUUUUUUUUAG